ACAGCUCUCCAUUCCCGUUUGACCGGCAUCAAGUGCACCCCAAACACACUCACACACUCUCUCACACACUCCCGGUGCAUGCUGCAGGCUGGACUGUCCGUUACUGUUCAGAUCUUUACCAUGAAAUAAAGCAGGACUUUCUCCUGGAAUAAAGCAGCAGCAGCUGUUUGGAGAUCUUCUCCUCCAUCAGGCUCUAUGAUCUAACAGGUGUGAGCGUGUGUGUUUAUUAGCGAUGGGACCCGUACCCCUGAGUCUCCUGCUCUCUGUGUUGUUCCUGCUGUGUAUAAAUCCGGCUCUGAGCUCAGGUGAGGAUGACUACACCUGGCCACAGAGGAAGAUGCCGCUCGUGCUCGACAAGCGAACGGUGCGUCUGAGCGUCUCGAGCUUCUCGGCCGAGCGUCAGUCCGAGCUGAACGGGACGUGUGGGAUCGAAUGUCAGCGCCAGCUUCCAGAGCCGAGCACAGAGGCUCUUCAGGAGAUGCUUUCUUACGAGACCAUGUACGAGAACGGUACGCGCACGCUCACGUCCAUCACGCUACAGGAACUUGAGCUCACGGCCGAGAACACGUCUUCAUCCUCCAGAUCACGGCGCAAGCGUGAGGUCUACGGCCCAGACACGCGCUUCACCAUCUCCGACAAGCAGUACUCCAUGAAGUAUCCGUUCUCCACCACCGUGAAGAUUUCCACCGGCUGCACCGGCGUGCUCGUGUCACCCAAACACGUGCUGACCGCCGCUCACUGCAUCCACGACGGCACGGAUUACAUCAAAGGAGCAGAGAAAUUGAGCGUGGGAGUUCUGCGUGACAAGAAAAAGGGAGGAAAGAGAAGACGAGGGAAGGGCAGAAAGGAGGAGGGAGAGACAGAGAAAGAGGAAACGGAGAUGGGAGGAAAGAGACGAGAGCGGAAGUCUAAAGGUCAGAAGAGUCGGAGCAAGCGCAGCGCACCGUCCGGAAAGCCAACGUUUCGCUGGACGCGCGUGAAGAAGACGCAGAUCCCCAAAGGCUGGUUUAAAGGCGUCUCGGACAGCGCGGAGGCCGACUACGAUUACGCCGUGCUCGAGCUGAAGAAGGCGCAGAAGGUGCAGCACAUGGGGCUCGGCAUCAUCCCGUCUGUUAAAAAGCUCCACGCUUCACGCAUCCACUUCUCAGGAUUCGACGACGACCGGCCCGGGAACCUGGUGUACCGGUUCUGCUCCGUUUCAGACGAGUCCAACGACCUCAUGUACCAGCAGUGUGACGCAGCGCCCGGAGCGAGCGGUGCCGGUGUGUACGUGCGUCUGAAGGAGGCGGGGAAGAGGAAGUGGAAGCGGAAGGUCAUCGGUGUGUUUACGGGUCAUCAGUGGGUGCAGGUGAACGGCCAGCAGCAGGAUUAUAACGUAGCCGUGAGGAUCACGCCGCUGAAAUUCGCACAGAUCUGCUCCUGGGUACACGGAGACGCCAGCAUGUGCCAGAGCACCUAAUGGAAUUAAACUACCCCGUCUCUUACCCCAUUUACCCCAACAUCCUGCUUACAUACUUUGUAACUGUGUAUAGCAGUGUGAGGAAUUUAUCAGUUUAGAAACAU